UCAAAAAACUAAAAAGCAGACACCGAAUAUUACUCUCGGGAACUCCCGUGCAGAACGAUUACAAAGAGCUAUGGGCAAUCAUGGAUUUCAUUGCUCCCGGAAAAUUUGGAACCUUGCCUGUAUUCGAAGAAGAAUUCGCCAAGAGAAUAAAGACGGCAGGAUACGUCAAUGCAUCUCAACUUUCCGUUCGCAUCGGAUAUCAUUGUGCAAGAAGGCUUGCGGAACGGAUAAAACCGUACAUGCUGCGAAGAACGAAAGAAGAUGUAAAGUCGGAAUUCAUACCCAAGUCCGAUGAGGUGCUCUUUUGUCGAUUGUCCGAAGAACAGCGUUUGUUGUAUUCACAGUAUUUGAAGAAAGACGUGGAGAUGAAAAGACUAUUGAAAAUUCGGCGUUUGCCUAACGAACGGUCUGGAGCGCAUCUGCACAUAACUCGUCUGACGCAAAUUUGUAAUCAUCCCGAUAUAUACUUGUCGAAUUUGGACAGAUGUCUAACGGAAAACCACGGUUAUGUGUAUGGAGAAGCGGAAAGAUCGGGGAAAAUGAUUGUCGUAAAGGCACUUUUGGCCGAGUGGGAGAAAAAGGGAAACAAAGUUCUGUUGUUCUGUAGGUCUGCUCGAAUGUUGGAUAUUCUGGAGACGUUUGUUUCGCGCGAAGGGUAUAACUAUCGUCGUCUUGAUGGAUCAACAUCGAUGCAUAUUCGAGACAAACGCAUAAAUGACUUUAAUAACAACGAAAACAUAUUUGUGUUUUUGUUGACGACUCAAGUCGGAGGUGUUGGUCUUAAUUUGGUAGGAGCCGAUCGUGUUAUCAUAUACGAUCCUGAUUGGAAUCCGUCGACCGAUGAUCAAGCGACUCAGAGAGCAUUGAGAUACGGGCAGACUAAACCGGUCUCCAUAUAUAGGUUGAUGACUGUUGGCACGAUUGAAGAGAAGAUUUAUCACAGGCAAGUUUUCAAGCGAGCGCUUGCAAGAAAAGUCACAAGAAAACCAGACUUUGAUGAUAUUCAAUUUGAAGCGGAUGAGUUACACGAUUUAUUUUCUCUUGGUGGCGAAGACGAAGAAUUAACUGAUACUAGAUACAUGUUUGAAGAAGCAGAAAUUCGAAAAGUUCGGUUACCUAAAUCUAAAAAAGCUAAUAGUGAUAAUGUUUCGAAGCGAUUGACGAACGGGUCAUCAGCCCUUUCGAGAGAAUCUCAAGACGAAUUAAUAGCAGUAUUUGAUUAUAGUACCAAUCAGAUAAUACAUGUUCGUCGCUCCACUCAACAGGAAGAAGAUUUACAUCCUCCUGAAACAUCGGAUAAGAAGGAGAAGGACAUUGGCGAACUUUUAAAGAAACUUCCCAAGAUUAAAAAGAAAAUACGAUCCGAUGACCCCGUUUCCGGAAAUGCUGAUUUACUUAAUGGAUCCUCUGUCGUUAAUAAUUCUGACGCUUCUAAAGCAAAUGGAUCAUCAUCUCUGCCAAAUCGAAGAAAACGCCGAAGACUUGAAUUAUUUAAAGCAACGGAAAAGCAAAAGACUCCUACUGUGAAUAACGUAGAAGGCGUUGCUCGCGUAGAGUUUCGUAACCAUUCUGAUGACGAAGAUAACAAAGGACGCGACGCGCGAAGGAGAGGGAUCGAUAGUUCUAGCGAAGAAGAGAAAGAGGAAGGAAAUGAUGAUAAUCAUAUUAUACAAGUACUGUACGAGACAGCUGGGCUUCAUUCUGCUUUUAAUCAUCAACGUGUUGUACGCACAAGGGGAAAGAGAUCACGGAUGUCAAUGGCAGAUAUUGACGCUGUUGCCGAGUCGGUUGCAAAUGAUGCGAAUCAUCAUCUUGACGAGAACGCCGAUUUUCUUGCACGUUACGGUCCGGGGACGCUUACUUUUACUGGGCGAAAUGGGGAGGCUGGUAUACCUAAAAAGAGUUCGAGUAGUAAUACUGCUUGGUCGCUGUACAAGAAAGGGUGGAACAAGCGAUAA